AGGCGGCGAGCCCCGCACAAUGGCGCAGGCUCGGCGUGACUCGCCAAGGGCGAGCUGAUGUCCCGGCGUCGCCUGGCCACUAGCCCGUGCGGUGUGAAUCCGGCCUGUCCUGCUUCCCCAACGCCGCCUCUCCCUCCCCUGCCCGCCCGGGGCGCCCUGCUGCCGUUAGCGGACGAGGAGAAAGCGAAGCGAGACGCAGCGAGCUCCGCAUUGCAGCCCGGCGCACCUCCCCGAGGCAGGCCCCGCAGACUCCGCGCCGGUCGGACGCUCCCAGCCAGUUCCCGUCCCGUUUGCACCGAGGGAGCCAGGGGAGUCGCCCCCGGGACCAAGCCCCUGUCUCCCGGGGAGCAGCCCGGGCUGGGCGGUUGUACACAAACCUCCCGGCGGGUCCCGGACCGGGGCAGUGUCCGCGCGCGGCCACGCCGGAGUGAAAUCGGAUCCGGGAGAUGACGGUCCCAUGAGUGCGGAUCAGGAGCAGGAUCUCAUGACUCACCUGACGUCCCCCCCCGGAGAAAGGCCAUUUGCAUUUCCGGCUUGCGACGAAAGCUUUAGCGAUGAGAGAAAUCUCAUAAUCCACAGCCAGGCGGAGGAGCAGGAGUACAAAUGCAUUCUGUGCGGGAAAUGCUUCAACCAGCAGCCCAGCCUGACCCGGCACCAGAAGAACCACGCGGGGGAGCGGGCCUACAUCUGCCCCGAGUGCGGUAAGAGCUUCAGCCUCAAGCACAACCUGAUCAUCCACCAGCGCACGCACACGGGCGAGCGGCCCUACAAGUGCAGCGUCUGCGAGAAGAGCUUCAGCCUCAAGCAGAACCUGGUCACCCACCAGCGCAUCCACACCGGGGAGCGGCCCUUCGCCUGCCCCGAGUGCGGGAAGAGCUUCCGGGAGCAGCGGUUCCUCCUCAACCACCAGAGGACCCACACGGAGGAGCGGCCCUACGAAUGCAGCGACUGCGGCAAGUCCUUCAAGGAGAAGCAGACGCUGGCCAGCCACCAGCGGACCCAUAGCGGGGACAGGCCCUACCAGUGCACCGAGUGCGGGAAGAGCUUCAGUCAGCGCACGUUCCUGGUGACGCACGAGAAGACCCACCAAGGGGGGAGCUCGUUCCCCUGCGGCGAGUGCGGGAAGAGCUUCAGUUGCAAGAGCGGCCUCGUCACCCACCAGCGCAUCCACACCGGGGAGCGGCCCUUCGCCUGCCCCGAGUGCGGGAAGCGCUUCAGCCAGAAAGGCUCUCUGAAAAUCCACCAGAGAAUCCACACCGGGGAUACCCCCUUCACGUGCCCCGAGUGCGGGAAAACCUUCACGCAGAAGAUAAACCUGACUACGCACCAGAGAACCCACCUGGGAGACAAAGCCCUCACAUGAGCCUGACGUCAUGUUAAAAGCUUUACAGAGCGGAUAGCUCUGAACUCCGCUGGGAGCUCCCGGAGGGGCCCAGGACUGCACUGCACGUGAGAGGCUGAAUGGCAGAGACGCCAUGUGAACGUUCUGAGUGUCCAGAGUCGCUCCUUAUAUACCCCGGAGUCCCCACAGGGGUGACUGAUUGUCUUCACGCACUGACUCUGGGGCCCCCUUUACAGUUCCUCUUUCCAUUGGCCAGUCAGGUUCGUGCUCUUCAUGCCCACCCCACAUAGAAGCCCCAGAAGGAAUCCCAAGUCCCAGCCCCCUGGCUCCAUGGUGAUGGCCUCGCCCUCCAGCAAGGCACUCUCCACCCACGUCCCUCUCCCAGCUCCCUAUCCCUGUCCCAGCUCGCUCGGCUCCCUGUGCUUGGGAGCAGAUGAGCUAAACAAUGAGGGAAACUCAUGGCGAAGUUCUUUACUGCUGCUGUAGGGACUGAUCCUGUGAAGGGCUGAGUCCCGUCAGUACCCUUCAGCCUCCAUUGGAGACGCCUGACAUCUUGCAGGAUCAGACCUGGCUGGCCUGCUUUUCAGAGGUGCUGAGCACCCACUCCUGCUGGCUCCCAUGGGAGCUGUGAAUGCCCAGCACCCCUGAAAACUAGGAACAGCUCCCUUUGCUUUCUCUCCGUCUUGGAGCAUUGCAGCCUUCAGGACCUUAAAGCCUGUAGUUCUGGCCUGGCCAAAAUUCAGCCCUGGGAUCACUGCAGGCCACAGUCUUCUACAGGGUGGCCCUGGUCUUCCAUACGGUGUUGGCCUGGCUGCUCAGAGCAAGUCGAGGCCAGGCAUGCUGGGAUCCGGGUUCUCCGUAAGCCCCUCCUCCAUAUUAAGGGUUAGGGCAGCUGCACUCACUUUUUGCCAAUUAGACACGGCCCGUGGAGUGUUGGUUAAACACUCAGCUGGGCAGUUUGGGUGUUUCUGCCGCAGCCCCUUUUGGGAUAGCGGAAGCACGAAGGGACCAGCUGCUCUGAGUUAGGGGAAUGCAGUGAGGGCGGCUGGUGCCAGUGAAAAGAGCAGAGGGGUGCGCCCAGAGAAAGCAGAUGUGGCAGCACCAUCCCAGCCCUUGGCUGAAUUAAUAGCACCUUGUGACCAUUGCAGAGCAGUUGUCAGUCAUGUUUGCCCGGCUUCCCCUCACCCAGCUCUCGCUCUGGGCUGUUUGGCCCUGGCGCUGGCCCGUAAAGCACUAUUUAUUUGUGCUCGGUAUUGUUUGCAUUAUCCGGGUAGUUGGAAAUUUUCCACUAGUGCAUGAAUUAAUCUCUGAAUGUGUUCAUUUACCCAGGGAGCGAGAAGGAUGAGUGUAAAAAAGAAGCAGGGUCUCAUGACUCAUGUGAAAUAUUAAUACAUUGUAUAUGUGGGAAAAGCUUCAGCCCACAGCCACCUCUCCUAGAAACCACACAGGAGAGAAGGUGGCACCUGAAGCAGGAUCUCAUCCACCCCAGAGAAACUGUGUUAUCCUCAUAAUUAAUUUAAAAAAAAAAAAAAAACUUCAGAGACCAGAGAUUUCUUCUAAAUCACCAGGGACCCUGCACGGAGCAGAGACUAAGCGACUACAGUCCUUGCUGCAAAACCUUCAGGGAGAAGCAGGCUCACAAAACCCCAAAGACCAUCCCAAUGAACUGAAUGUGGGAGAGGCUUGGUCUGAGGAUGUUCCUGGUGACAUCUGAGAAAAUCCGCAAAGGAGGGGCCCCAUUUACCUGCUCUGAGCUUGGGACACGCCUCAGCUGUCAGAGUGACCUCAUUAUAGUCCAGAGAAUCCAUACCAGAGGAGACCAUUUAAAUGCCCCGAGGGCAGGCACGCUCCUCACAAGAUAAAUCUGCAUGAGUGAGGUCACUUACCCAGAACUGAAGAACUAGGGAGCUGCAAAGAUAAGCUAAGAAUAAUUCUCUCCUCUGCAGGAACCACUGGGUAUCGUUUUGUGACUUGGCCGGUGCAGGAGGUCUGAUUAGAGGAGCACAGUGAUUUCUUCUGGCUUUAAAUUCCGUGAAUCUGUAAUUCUGAAUAUAGGCCUGAGACCUCCUGAAGGUGGGAAAAUAUUCUGUUAAAACACAAGGAGAGACAUCAUACAAAUGUCAUGUAUGUUGGAAAAAUCUUGUUCGCUCCCCUUGCUGUACAGGACAGCAAGAAAUCACCAAGUGGAUGCACUGGAGUGUUUGCUCCCUGUUUGCUGUUACAGGCCAGUUCAAGGAGCGUUGCUAUGCCAGUGGCAUGUAAUUGCAUCCCUGUUUUUCCCUUUGUGGUAUUUCCCACCUCUUGUUCUAGUCUCUUCUGGUCCUUUCUGGUUGGGUUUGUGAUGUUCUGUUCUAUGCCCGAAGAUUCUGGGCAGAAGGGGAAGGUUUCAUUAAUGUUCCAAAAGGAGGCAAGUUUCUGCUGCAUGUGAGGAGGGCAAGAAUUCAGUCUGUUUCCUCUGGGAGAGGCAGCUGCUGGAAAAGGCCAUCAGUGCAGUCAGCAUAAAACGCAAGAGAUGUCCAACACAGACAGUUCCUGCCUGUGUCACUCUCAGACGUUCAGAUGAGUAAAACAGAAAUGGUUUGAAAAAAUGAAUUUUCCUUUCAUAGUUUUCUGCCGUUUGCUCAUUGUUACAUGUCACUCUGCCUGGACAAUGAAACCAGAUUGGUCAGUUUUAGUUUCUAGCCAUUUUCACUUUCUGGGUCUCCCCAUGGGCAUAUCCUUACUGGGUUCCCAGUGCCACAGGGGAAUAUUAAACAUCUGGGAGGAGGGAGAUCAUUUCAGUGGAGCUGUUCUGGGGUAGAAUUAACCCAUGGAUUUCAAGUCAUAACCGCUGAUAUAGCCAGAGAUUAACAUCAGAGAUCAGACUUUAGGGCCCAGUCCAACUCCUGUUGAAAUAAAUGGACAGGCUCUCAUUGCCGUCAGUGGGAAUAGGAGCAGAACGGCUCAAUCCUGCAAGGUACUGAAUACUCUGCCCUUGAUCCAGCAAAGCAAAGCGCUUUAGCACAUGCACUGGUGUCAGUGUGACCGCUCACCGGCUUAACGUUAAGCAAGGGGUAAGUGCUUCGCUGGAUCAGGGUCAGAGGCCUUAGUGACCGAGGAGCAAAUAUGAUAGGGGAUAGGGUACCCACCCUGGAUGAGAGAGCACGUGUAGCUCAUUGUCAGAGAUUCAUGCAAACACUCCCAUCGGUACAAGGUUUUUGAGAUCCUCACCCUCCCAACACCCUUUAUUUAAAAAAAAAAUAAAUCUAAAUGUCUGUAACCCCAGAGGAUUGGCUGGGUAAGUUUCUCUUUGGGAAUGCACGGGUACCAUUUCUAUGACUGGAAAGUGCCGCAUUCCUGAUUAAGAGGCACGUGAUGGCUCGUAUUUCUAUAGAGGAUCCUGGGUCUUUAACUCUGUUUGAAUUCUUGUAGUGAUCCCUGCCUGGGCAGAAGGGGUGGUAGAGAUGGGUUGAUUAAAGGAUGUGAAAAUAAGACAGGAGGGUGUAGGGGAGGGGCGUGUCUGGUGAGGGUUAAUCCUGGGGGGAAGCAGCUAUUAAAUGGGGGAUGGAAAUGAUGGGGUGUCUCUCUGGUACUGUAGCUGGAAUGCUAGAGAUCAAUAAAGGAAGGUGUGGUUUGAAAGGAACUCUGCUGUGUGAUGAUUGAUUUAGGUGAAAAUCU